UGGCGGCCGGCAAGAUGGCGGGCGGCGGCGGCGGCAGCCUGGAGAACGCCAAUCCCCUGAUCUAUGAGCGGUCGGGGGAGCGGCCUGUCACCGCCGGGGAGGAGGACGAGCAGGUCCCCGACUACAUCGACGACCGAGAGAUCUUCGAUCUGAUCCGUUCCAUUAAUGAUCCAGAGCAUCCACUGACCUUGGAGGAAUUGAACGUUGUCGAGCAAGUUAGAGUUAAAGUCAACGACCAGGAGAGCACCGUGAAGGUGGAGUUUACGCCUACGAUUCCACACUGCAGCAUGGCAACCUUAAUCGGCCUGUCCAUCAAAGUGAAGCUGAUCCGUUCGUUGCCGGAAAGGUUUAAGAUGGACGUUCACAUAACUCCCGGUACCCAUACGUCAGAGCACGCAGUGAACAAACAGCUGGCCGACAAGGAGCGCGUGGCGGCAGCGUUGGAGAACUCCCAUCUGCUGGAGGUGGUGAACCAGUGCCUUUCCACCCGGGCCUAGCCCCGCGGCUCAGACGGACCCCGGCUCAUCUCGUGGACCGAGGCGGCGGCCCCCCGGGGCAUCCCGCCUUCCAGCGAUCGGUGCCGACCAAGAGAUCUUUCCAAUAAACUCGGGGCUUAUGCUCCAUUUGAGCGGUU